AAAAUGACGUUGUUAAAAACCUUUUAAAUUGACAGCUUGAUUUGGUUUGGUUUCCGCUACUGUGCUAUUGUGCUAUUUUUUUGGUUUUACGUUAAAUAUCUCAAGAAAAUGUCUAUAUCUACGGCUACAGAUGAACGCACCGAGGGUGAUGAUGAUACCUCACAGGGCAGCCAACCCAAGGACGACAGCAGUGAGUCAGAGAAUGAAACAGAAAAUGAAAUUCAAAACCAAAAUGGUGGUUCCAAUGGAAGGGACAGCCCUGAAGUCCAUGAAAUAACCAGUGACGAAGAAGAUUGUGUAGUGACAAAUGAUGAUGACAGUUCAAACUCUAGUUCGGACUCUAAUGACAGCUCUGAAGGGUCACAACAAAGCAAUAAAGAUCGAGAUAAAGAAAAAGAGGAACAGCCCCUAGAAAAUGGGGGUGAAGAAUCUGAUGUGGAGGAAGUUUCCAUUGAGGAUCCUCUAAAUCAAUCUCUUGCUAAGAUGAAACCAAUACUUAUCAGUGAUACUAAAAGCCUGGCAGAAUUAGCAACAAAACAGACGGAUUCACAUGAUAGUGAAGAUAAUAAGGAGCCCACUGUUGUUAUUAUUGACACCAAUUCAAUUUUAUCAGGUAAAAGUUCCUCCCUCCCUGUUCAUAAUAAAAUAACUUCAUCAAGCUCAAUGGAUGCGCAGAACUUAUGCCAAAGCAUUGCUGCUAGAGGAACAACUAUCACACCUAUCAGUUGCAAGUCAACUCCUGCUCGAACAAAUCAAAACAAUGUAACAGCUGCCCAACCAAAUAUUUUGCCAUCUUUAACAGAUGAUAUGUUUGUUGUUGAAGCUCCUUCAUUUAUUGUUCCCUAUGUUUAUGAAAAACCAUCUCUCAAACCAUUUAGAGAGUUUGUAGAUAAACUAGGCAAAGAACUAGAAGAACUUAAAAUCAAAGAAGAACAAGAAAAAUUAGACAAAGAGAAAGCCGAAAAGGAAAAAAAAGAUAAAAUCAAGCAGGAAAAAAUUGAGAGAGGUGAGACACCUGAAGAGGAACCUGACAGCGAGGAGGAGAAAAAGAAGGUUGCUGAGGAGGCCGCAAAGGAAAAGAAGCUUGAGAAAAAGCAGCGAAGGAAGCGCAGAACUGAAGAAGACGAUGAUUCCUGGGAUGGAGAGUCUUCCAGUGAGUCAGAGGAAGAAGGCCUUAGCGAUUGUGAUAUGGUUGUUAUUAAAGAUAAAGAGGAAGAAGUAAAAGAUCCAAUAAAUAUGAUUGUAAAGGGGAUUAAAGGUAAAACUGACAGUUAUUUUGAUUGUUCAUUAGGGCAGUUUUUUAUAAACAUUGGGCUUAACUUGGUUCAGGAGUAUGUACAAACUGAUUUAUUGAAAUCACAAAACAGGAAGAUGUACAAAGAAAAGAAGUCAGGUCGCAGCACUAAAGCUACUGAAACUGCAAUCGCAUCAUUGAAUCAGAAUUUAGCGUACAGUAAGAAAUUGAAUGCACCAUAUUCUCUUGAACAAAAGCGCUGUGAUUUCUGUAGUUUUAAAACUGAAUCUAUUUUAGUUAUGUCUCAUCAUUUGGAAGCACCCCAUAUGAAGAAUAAUAUAUACAAAUGUAACACCUGUUCAUUUGAGAUUCGAAGUCCACAUGACAUUUUGUACCACAUGGAGGCAGAACAUAACAUAAGGGGGAGACUCGAACGAGCACCUGCUUAUCAGCAGUGUCCUAGUUGUCAUUUUGAAGAUAAUAGCAAAACUAAGCUGGCACGUCACCUUAUUGCUUGUGCUAAGAAGUUCAAACCUGAAUUUAACCUCUCACCACCCCUUGAGUGGGAGCCUCCAGCAAAGAUACCAAAGUUAUCUCGAGCUCGAAACAAUAUUGUAGCACCAUAUCAAACUAAUUACAAUCGGUCACAAGUUGCAAUGGGUCCACUUGGACGGCCACCAAUGAAUAUGUUGAAUCCUGUUAUACCGAAUAUGCCUGUCCUGGGCCGCCCACGAGGUCGCCCUCCCCUGGCAGGCCCUACACGUGCACCAGUUUCUGGUGUGCCCAUAAUUCGCAGUGGAGUUAUGAUUAUGCACAACAAUCCUCCUAGUGGGACCACAAUUUCUAAUUAUCCAAUUUUACCUAAUAGUCAAGGAAAUCUAUCAGCUACACCUAAGAUAUCAAUAACACCCCUACCACGGGCACCACAACCUUCGUCAUCAAAUUCUACUUCAAACUCAAAGGCUACAUUUGUUAUUUGUGAAAUUUGUGAUGGGUAUAUUAAAGAUUUGGAACAACUACGUAAUCACAUGCAGUGGAUACACAAGGUGAAGAUCCACCCAAAGAUGAUUUAUAACCGACCUCCACUUAAUUGUCAAAAGUGUCAAUUUAGGUUCUUCACAGAUCAGGGUCUGGAAAGGCACUUGCUGGGCUCACAUGGCUUGGUGACUAGUUCAAUGCAAGAAGCUGCUAACAAAGGCAAAGAUGCAGGCAGAUGUCCUGUAUGUGGAAGGGUUUACCAGUGGAAGUUGCUCAAUCAUGUUUCUAGAGAUCAUAAUAUGACCUUGAAGCCUGCCCAUCUGUCCUACAAAUGUACAGUGUGCACUGCAACUUUUGGCAUGUAUAAGCAGUUUGAGAAUCAUGUUUAUUCAGCUCACAGUGUUGUAGCCAAGCGUGUAAUAGACAAGAAAAAUUCGGCCCCUCAAGCUAAGAAUUCAGACACAGAUCCAAUGCUCAAACCACUAAAAAUAAGUGAUGAGAUCACUAUCAUACCGCAGCCAGCUAAAUCAUCAGUGACCAUAACUGCUAAAGGUAAAUAACAUUAAAAUUUGGAAGUGUGAAAACUGAGUUAUAAUAACCAAUAUUGUUUUGCCCAACUUUUUUGUCAGUGGUGCACUUCCAUGGUUUCUGGCAGUAUUGUGUAAAUAAACAUAAGCUAUGUAACACCAUUUAUAGAUUUAACAUUGAUAUUAUAAUGUUAAAAAUCAAAGGAUAUUGUGACUAUUUUCACUAACCAAGCAAACAUUUUAUUUUUUAAUGAAGAAAUAAAUUAAUAGGAUAAGGUGUAAAUUCAGUGUAUAAAUCCAAUGUAAUCAAGAAACUGUGUUUGUAAUCCUUCCAUGUUUUAGCAUCAUUUGAUUUGUUUUAAGUGACUUGUGUGAUGUGGUUUCAAUGUCACAAAUUUAAAUUUCAGAAGGUAAGAUCUGCAACUUGACUGUAGUAGUAUAAUAGUUGGUGAAAGUUAUGAAUGUGCAACUAUGCAAGAUAGACUUCUAGUUUCCAGUAAUCAUUGUUAAGUAAUUUAUUUGCAACCCUUUCUUGUAUAACCUGUGACAAUUAUAAGUUAUUGUCUGCCUAUUUUAAUUAAAAAUAAUAAUACUGUAUUAUGUGAAAUAAUUUCAAAUAAAUGUAUUAUGAAAAUAUAUUAUAGGUAGACAUUAAUGAAUGUAAAUCAUUAAAAUGUAAGGUGUUAGUUUAAGAUUAUAUUGUAGGUUUAAAUUAUAAGAACAUAAAAUAUCAAUUGAAACUCCUAUUUCUUUGAAAUAUCCUGCCAAAGUGCUUGCAUUUUGGAUACAAAUUUGCAUAUAUUAUCACAUCUGUCUUAUUUAUUCUGAUCUCAGGUUAGACUGGAGUGUUGAUUUGGUAAAAGUUUACUAAAUUGUUAAAGUACUUAUAGAACUGAAAUGAUGUAUUUUUUUUAUUUAAUAAAAAGACCAUUGUAAGCUGA